UUUGGGAGCGGGGACGACUCAUGAUGCUUGUUUCUCUGGUGUAACGUUUCAAGUGAUAUAGAAAGUAGGCUAAACCAGGCAAAUGGCAAGUUUAUAUUGUAUUUAAAUCCACACAGGAAACAAUGGAUACGAAGACUGUUUUCUCUCUACUCUACUUUGCCUUUUUAGCCGCGAAUAGAACUGUGGUUUCCGGGGCCCCUUCCUUCUCCAUAGACUACAAGAACAACUGCUUCCAGAAAGAUGGGAAGCCUUUCCAGUAUGUCUCCGGCAGUAUCCACUACUCCCGCAUCCCUCACUACUACUGGAAAGACAGACUGCUCAAGAUGUACAUGGCUGGACUCAACGCUGUACAGAUUUAUGUUCCCUGGAACUUCCAUGAGGAAAAGCGAGGUGUUUACACCUUCACUGGGGAUCGAGACCUGGAGAACUUCCUGGAUCUGGCCAAUCAGACUGGCCUCCUGGUGAUCCUCCGCCCCGGACCCUACAUCUGUGCAGAGUGGGAGAUGGGUGGUUUACCAGCUUGGUUGCUCCAGAAACCAAACAUUGUACUUCGCUCAGCAGAUACAGACUACUUGGAGGCAGUGAGCUCCUGGAUGGCAGUGCUGCUCCCAAAGAUGAGGAGAUGGCUGUAUACAAAUGGAGGGAACAUUAUCACUGUGCAGGUAGAGAAUGAGUAUGGGAGCUACUAUACGUGUGACUACAACUACAUGCGGCACCUGAGGACCCUGUUCCAGUUCUUCCUGGGGGACAAAACUGUUCUCUUCACGACCGACGGGAACACGGACCGGGAAAUGACCUGUGGGACCCUGGAGGGAAUGUACGCCACUGUAGACUUUGGGACAGACGUCAACAUAUCCCAAGCUUUUAGUCGGCAGAGGAGAUUUGAACCAAGAGGCCCUCUGGUGAACUCUGAGUUCUACACGGGGUGGCUGGACCACUGGGACCAGCAUGCUCAGGUGGACACCCAGAAGGUCAGCAGGACUGGGGAGAUGCUCAGCAUGGGAGCCAGCGUCAACAUGUAUAUGUUUGAAGGAGGGACCAUAAACUACUGGAAUGGAGCGGACCAUGAUAACAGGUUUAGGUCGGUAGUGACCAGUUAUGACUACAACGCCCCUCUGUCUGAGGCAGGAGACCCUACAGAGAAACUACUAGCCAUACGGGACACCAUCAGCAAGUUCAGAGACAUCCCUGUGGGUCCCAUGCCCCCAGCCUCUCCCAAGAUGGCCUAUGGCUUUGUGACUCUGACAAUGGUAGGGAACCUCAGCAGCCUGUUGGACACGCUGUCACCUCAGGGUCCUGUCCGGUCACUGUACCCUCUGUCUUUUGAAGAGAUGAAGCAGUACUAUGGCUUCAUGCUGUACCGGACCAAGCUGCCCAGGGACCUGCCAGAAGACACACCCCUAAUCUCUCCUCUGAAUGGGGUUCAUGACCGGGCAUAUGUCUCUGUCUGUGGGGUGUACCAGGGGCUGCUGGAGAGAGACACGACUCUGGUGAUGAACCUAACAGGGAAGCAGGGGGACCAGGUUGAUGUUCUAGUAGAGAACAUGGGACGAGUCAACUUUGGCAGCAAGAUCAACGACUUCAAGGGCCUGUUGAGUAACCUGAUCCUUGGUAAAGAUGUGCUGACAGAUUGGCAGAUCUACCGUCUGGACAUUGAUGGAGCCAUCGCCUCCGGAUGGCCCCAGUCAGGCCAGCGACGCUCCCCGCCCAACCCAGUCAGAGGGCCCUCAGAUGGGCCCGUCUUCUACCAGGGCACCCUGCCUCCCAACGGUCUGGCCUGGGACACCUUUCUCCGGCUCAAUGAAUGGACCAAGGGACAGGUGUGGAUCAACGGGGUGAACCUGGGCAGGUACUGGCCUAAGAGAGGUCCCCAGCAGACCCUGUACGUCCCGGGGCCCCUGCUCAGCCCCACCCAGCCCAACAACAUCACGGUCCUGGAGCUAGAGAGGGCCCCUCCUCACACCAGGGUCCUCUUCAUGGACCGGCCCCAGCUCAACAACACUGCUGGCAAGACAUCACAGCUACAGGCCACAGACAGACAUCACAGCUACAGGCCACAGACAGACAUGACAUCACAGCUACAGGCCACAGACAGACAUGACAUCACAGCUACAGGCCACAGACAGACAUGACAUCACAGCUACAGGCCACAGACAGACA